ACGGUAUGAGAGUUAAGUAACAUAGUUGUUUAAUGUAACACGUAGAUUUAAAAGAUGGGAAAGUAAGAAAUUAUCCUGACAGUAUGAGAGUUAAGUAACAUAGUUGGUUACUGUAACACGUAGAUUUGAAAGAUGGGAAAGCACUUAUCUAAAUCAAGUACGAAACAGAAGGAUGAGGCAGCUGAUAGUUCCAGUCAGGAAAAUGACGACCAUGGAUUUUACCCUCAAUAUCCGAAUGUGUAUCAUAGCCACGUUUUCGGAACCCAAAGAUAUUCUGUGAAUCAGCAGACUUUAGGAAGAUAUACAUCUGUCGGUAAUUUAUCAACAACGCCGACAACAUCAGAUUAUGUUUCCGAAAUUGGAAGGAACCCGUCGUCACGGGCAAGUGUUUGCGUUAACACAGAAAGACCACCAAAUAAACAAAAUAAGGAUUUUGAAACUGAUGCACGACCUUCCAUGCGAAGAUCACAGUCUUGCAAUCAAAUACCGGAUUUUUACAGUAUGAAUGAGGAAUAUUACAGCAUGAACCACCCAAGACGUGGUGACUGUGUUAUUUUUAACAUCAAACAUGUCCGAAAUGAUGAUAUCAGAUCCGGCACCGAACAAGAUGGUCAAAAGUUGAAAAAGACCUUUUCUUCACUUGGGUUUGAAGUUAUAGAGAAGGUAGAUGUGACCAAGAAGGAAUUUAAAAAAGAAAUAAAAACCUUUGCCGAUAGGAACCAUGAUAGCGAUGAUUGCUUUGUCUGUGUGAUUUUAAGUCACGGUAGAGAGGGAUAUGUCAAUACAACUGACGGAGAAUUAUCUCUAACAGCGAUCAUGGAUCCUAUAAAGAAAUGCAAAUCAUUGCUUGGAAAGCCAAAACUUUUCUUCAUUCAGGCUUGCCGUGGAAACAAGAUAGAUUUUGGAAAUUUAGCUCAAGACGGUUCUCAAAGGGAAGGAGUAACUGUACAAAAGUUAUCAUCAGAAUCAGAUGUUCUAAUUGCCUAUUCCACAACAUCUGAUUAUGUGGCAUGGAGAAAUACGGAAAUGGGAUCAAUCUAUAUAGAGAUCUUAUGUGAGAUUCUGCGAUUAGAAGGAGCUGAAACUAAGCUUACAGAGCUUCUACAGAAAGUCAAUAAUUGUACUUCGAAGUACUUCGAUGAUCACCAAUGUUGUCAGGUGCCAUGCUUUACAUCAUCUCUAAGAAAAUCUCUUUUAUUUUCUCGUAGAAAACAAGUUGUGAUGAUAAUGUACAACGAUGGAACUUAUGAAAAUGUGCCAAACCCGAUCGCGUCUAUUAAUGACACGAUAUUGUAGUGCCUGAACAACACCUUCCUCGUGCUUCAGUUAAAACUCUUUGAUCAAUGCUAUGAUAAUUGACAUCUGAGAGAAGUAAAAACAAAAAUUAGAUAGUGAUAAUAUAAGCCAUAUUAAUUCAUUUGGAUUUUUCUGGAUAUGUGAUUUGAGUAAUCUGAUCACAUCAUGACACGCACUUUUAAAGUAUGUCAACAGUAUCAUUCUUUUUUUCUAUGACUUACUCUUUAUUUCCGAAAGUCUUAAACGUGUCUAAACUAUUGUAUUUUUAUCAUGUUUAUAGUAUCGAAUUAAAAAUUUCUCUUUU